CACAAGGUUCCUUUUGCUUCCGUCCUGUGGGUCGCUGCUGCAUUCUGGAGUGGCCGCUGUGGGCCAUGGAUGCAACCUUUAGCACGCGUCUAAUUUGCUCUGUCACACCCAGUUAAACAAGUACCGGCCAUCAUUAGACUAACAGCGGUCGCAUUGAGUCAGUGAGGAGUGUCAACCGGUGAAUGCAUAGAGUUAAGAAGGUGAAACUUUGUGACAAAUCAGAAGGCAUUUGGAAAAGCUGUGUGAGUGUGAACAUGAGUGGCGUGGACGGGCUGACAGACAGUACAGAGGUGGUGGACAUGGAGGACGUGCCAUCGCAGUUCUUUGUGGAGAAACAGUCAUGGGACGGGCUCCGGGACAUCAUCCACUGUAGCAGGAAGUACUCCGGGAUGAUUGCCAACAAAGCCCCCCACGACUUCCACUUUGUGCAAAAGAAGGACGACAACGGUCCCCACUCGCAUAGGCUAUACUACCUCGGGAUGCCUUACGGAAGCAGGGAAAACUCCCUGCUCUACUCUGAAAUCCCCAAGAAGGUUCGCAAAGAGGCCCUGCUAGUUUUAUCCUGGAAACAAAUGCUGGACCACUUCCAGGCCACGCCACACCAAGGAGCUUACUCCAGAGAAGAGGAGCUGCUGAGAGAGCGUAAACGAUUAGGGGCGUUUGGGAUCACGUCAUACGACUACCACCCCCAGACCGGCCUGUUUCUUUUCCAGGCCAGCAAUAGUCUCUUCUACUGCCAAGACGGAGGCAACAACGGCUUCAUACAGUCUGCACCAGUCAAGCCUGUGGAGAUCAAGACCCACUGCGUAGGGACGCGCAUGGACCCCAAAAUCUGCCCAGCCAACCAAAACUUCAUUGCCUUCAUCAACAACAACGACUUGUGGAUAGCAAACAUUAAAACAGGGGAGGAGAGGAGACUAACAUUCUGCCACAAAGGUUUAGAUAAUGUUAAAGAAGAUCCCAAAUCCGCAGGUGUAGCAACAUUUGUGAUACAGGAGGAGUUCGACCGCUUCACUGGAUACUGGUGGAGCCCCUCAGCUGUAGAAGACAGCGAUGGGGGAAAGACUGUGCACCUUUUGUAUGAGGAGGUGGACGAGACGGAUGUAGAGAUCAUCCAUGUGCCAUCCCCAGCGCUGGAGGAGCGGAAAGCAGACGCCUACAGAUACCCACGCACAGGAAGCAAAAAUCCUCAGGCAACACUCAAAUUAGCUGAGAUCAAAACAGACCAUCAAGGAAGGAUUAUCUGCACACAAGACAAAGAGCUAGUGGUCCCAUUCAACUCUUUGUUUCCUGGGACUGAAUACAUUGCUAGAGUGGGGUGGACUAGUGAUGGCAAAUAUGGCUGGGCAGUGCUGUUGGACCGCAGUCAGAGGAAACUGCAGCUUGUCCUCCUCCCUCGCGCUCUUUUCAUCCCUGUUACAGACAACCUGACAGCACGACAGGAACACGUAGAGUCUGUACCCCCCAACACACAACCCUACAUCAUAUAUGAAGAAACCACAGAUGUCUGGAUCAAUGUCCAUGACAUAUUUUAUCCUUUUAUUCAAACGUCGGAGGAGGAGUUUAGCUUCAUUUGGGUGAAUGAGUCCAAAACGGGCUUUAGCCAUUUGUAUAAAAUUACAUCUUUGUUUCAACCGCGGUGUUACCGGUGGACAGAAGGUUACCAGCAUUCAAAAGGGGAUUUUACAUGUGCAAUCAAGGAGGAGGUUACAUUGACCUGUGGGGAGUGGGAAGUUUUGGCAAGACAUGGUUCAAAGAUCUGGGUGAAUGAGACGACCAAAGUGGUGUACUUCCAGGGCACCAAAGACACGCCCCUGGAGCAUCACUUGUAUGUAGUGAGCUAUGACUGUCCGGGGGAGGUGGUCAGAUUAACUAAACCUGGCUUCUCCCAUAGCUGCUCUGUCAGUCAGAACUUUGACUUCUUCAUUAGCCACUACAGUAAUGUGAGCACGCCCCCUUGUGUCCACGUGUAUAAACUGAACUGUAGUGAGGACGAGCCUCUGAGCCUGGUGCCGGAGUUCUGGGCCAGCAUGAUGGAGUCCCCAGGUUGCCCAGGAGAUUACAACCCACCAGAGAUUUUUGACUUUCAAGGGAAGUCAGGCUUUCAGCUUUAUGGGAUGGUGUACAAGCCUCACAACUUGCAGCCGGGCAGGAAGCACCCCACUGUGCUGUUUGUCUAUGGAGGACCACAGGUGCAGUUAGUAAACAACACGUUCAAGGGGAUGAAGUACCUGCGGCUCAACACUCUGGCCUCAUUGGGAUACGCCGUGGUGGUUAUCGAUGGGAGGGGUUCCUGUCAGAGAGGGCUGGAGUUUGAAGGAGCGCUCAAAAACAAAAUGGGCCAGGUGGAGAUCGAGGACCAGGUGGAGGGAUUACAGUACGUGGCACAGAAGUUUAACUUUGUGGACCUGAGCCGAGUGGCCAUUCACGGCUGGUCCUACGGAGGCUUCUUGUCGCUCAUGGGGCUCAUUCAGAGACCCAACGUCUUCAAGUUGGCCAUAGCGGGAGCACCAGUGACCGUGUGGAUGGCCUAUGAUACGGGCUACACAGAGCGAUAUAUGGACGUGCCUGAGAACAACCAGCAGGGAUACGAGGAGGGCUCUGUGGCUCUGCACGUGGACAAACUGCCCAGCGAGCCAAACCGUUUGCUGAUUCUUCAUGGGUUUUUAGACGAGAAUGUGCACUUUUUCCACACCAAUUUCCUUGUGUCACAGAUAAUCCGCGCAGGGAAGCCAUACCAACUGCAGGUUUAUCCCAACGAGCGCCACAGUAUCCGCUGCCCUGAGUCUGGAGAGCACUACGAGAUAAUGCUGCUGCACUUUCUACAACAAUACCUCUGAUGCCCCGCCCCUGUGUCACCUGUCCUCAGCUCACCACACAUCCCUCGCCCACCUGUGUCACUCCCACCCUCUGUCCCACGUGGCACGCGCCUUUGCAGUCUUGAGGUAGGUCUGUGCACCUGGAUUUUAAAAGGAAGACACGAUGGAAUUAUGGAGGAAUGCACCAAUCAUCCAUAAAUCACUGAUGGAACUGGGAAGUGUUCUGGACGAGAUUUGAUAACGGAAUGAACUGCGUCUGUUGCUUUUGCGUUUUAAGUUUUUAUGAGAAUAUCAGAUACAAUAUUCUAUCAAGAAACUGCAUCGUUUUAGCUCCUGAAACUGGAUUUUCUUACAAAAUACUUUGAAUGGAGGUGGGUUGUUUAGCAGAUAACCUCACUUGUUGGUGUUGUUGUUAUGGCUGCUUGGUGUGGUCUCCAGCUCACCCAGCUCCUCUCUUCUAUUCGGCCGCCAUCUUUGACCUUUGCCAAAUGUGUUGUUGGACUGCCCCGUGCCCGUUUGCUCUGCGUGAGUUUGUGUUCGGGAAGAGUCUUAUGUUUGAAAUGUAUGGGCUCACAUAUGUACAUGACACGCACCACCAAACAUGUUACUGGAGAUACUGUCUCGACUGAAAAUGAUUUUAUAUCAUUUUUUAUCAGUUUGGGGUGUUAACAUGGCACAGAUCUUCACUUAAGUUAAACUUAUAUUUUUCACCUAUUACUAACAUGGGUUUAGUUUAAAAACAUAAACAAACAUUCUGGACAAAAACUGUAACAAGUUUACUGAGGGCGGGUACAUUUCUUUAACUGUUUAUCACGAAAUGAGCUUUGCUUUUUAAUUAAAAUUCAUGCUUUAGCUAUGAACAGUGUUUAUUUAAAAUAUAAUUUUUAAAAACCUUAUUCUUUAUCUGGAUUAUCCAGUGUUACUGACAUGUCUCCAUUCAUCUGUUAUCUAUCACCCUGCACUAGCAUUAUAUUACCCAUAGCAUUACAGGAUACUUCUUGGUGGUUACAAGAAACUAAAUAAUGCUUUUUUAAACAAUACUAGUCAAGUGAAUCCGACUGACUAUUUACAUAUAGAACCAUAUACACUACCGGUCAAACAUUUGGACACACAUUCUUAUUCAAUGUUACUACUGUUACUACUUUCAACAUUUUAUAUACACACAGAAGACAUCAACUAUAUGAUGCAAGAUAUAUGGAAUUAUGUAGCAAAGAAAAGAAACUUGAAUAACUAAAUAUUUGUAUUUUAUAUUAAAAUCCUCAGAGUAGCCAUUCUCCUGAAAUGGUUUUCACUUCACAGAUGUGCCACAUGAGGGUCAAGAAAUGCAAAAAGUGAAAUCCAGGGUUUAAAGAAAAGGGUAAAGGCUAUUUUUAAUAAUCUAAAGCAAGUUUGGCGUUAUUUUGAGUUUACUUUUUGUUUGCUACAUUCCACAUGUCAUUCAUAUUUUUGAUGCCUUCAGUGAGAAUCUACAAUGUAAUAAAGAAGAAAAAUAAAUGAAAAAUUUAAAAGUGUGCCAAACUUUUUGACUGCUGGUGUAUGUAGUCCUUUCUUUUUCCUGGUUCAAUUUCGGCAUCGGUCUGGUCCAUGUCUCCACCCCAAAUGCACACACGUGUUUGAAGUGCGUCACAUGUGUGUGCCAUUGGGCCAGUGUCUACAGUGUGUGGUGUUGUGCUUUUGUAAAGACAGACACAGACCCAGGCCUCUCUGUGUCCUCUGCUUUUAGCUCUUUAAAUAAACUAUUUUUAUGACGUUUUAUGACCUCGCCUCACAGCAUCACGCGAGUCGUCUGCUUGCCUUCUUAACUCAUAAUUUAUAUUUGCCAAAGUACCUCUCGACUCUCGAUCAUGCCGGUAUUUCCUUUUUUUACUGCAAUAAAACAGACAGAGGGGUGAGCACCGGAGUCUUACAACAGCUUUGUACCACCGGAAAUCCUUUGUACAUGAUAAUGAAUAAAUGUAUGAUUCAACCAC